ACAGCGCUAUCUGGUCUCAUGUGCUUUUAGCCACGUGUUGAUAUUUUCCUCUACCCAUUUCUCUCUCCCAGCUUUCCCCUUGGACCCUAUCAUCGAGAACCCGGGACCCUUUCUGGAAGACGGGGAGGCCACCUUAUAUUGUUCUGUAGCCGAUGUCUACCCAGCCAGUCACGUGCAGAUUCAAUGGCUCGAUGGGGAAACGGAGCUGCACUCCGGCGUGGGUCGGUACUCCAGUGAGCUCCAGAAUGUGACGUCAACGUUAUCUUUUUCGGUGGAACCGGAGGACCAGGGGAGGCGGAUCACCUGCAGAGUCGGUCUUCAGAUGGACGUGGUCCAUCAAAGUCGGAGAGAGAGGAAAACGGUGACUGUACUGGAGCUCCACUAUGCCCCCAGGGGAACCACCAUCACAGUGAGCCCAGCCAGUGAGGUGAAGGAAGGGGAGAGCGUGACGGUGUCCUGCCUGUCGGACGGCGCUCCAGUGGGAUGGAUGGUGCUGAGGAGACUCUCUGAGGACCAGGAUGUAAAGCUCCAGUCCCACAACGGCUCCUCCACCUCCUUCACCCUCUCCUCUGCCCUGCUAGCAGACUCUGCUCUCUACCAGUGUGAGGCCUUCAAUGAGCACGGCAGCCAGAAAGCUAGCACACACGUUACAGUUAAAGCACCUCCUAGGAAUACAACAGUCCUGGUCUAUCCGUCCACUGAGGUUCAGGAGGGCCAAAAUGUCACUGUAUGCUGUCGCUCUGUUAGCUUCCCCCCACCUGUUGGUUUUGAGAAAACUGGACAAUGGCACAGAGCUCUACUCCCCGGAUGGGAACUUCCUGCUGGUGAACCUUACGCCCAAAGAUACAGGCCUAUACCAGGUGAAUGUGACCAAUGACCUGGGCUACGAGACUAAGAUCUUCAGCAUUAACGUCAUGGAGAAGCAUUCCAGUCCUUCACCUGACUGGAACCAGAUAGUCAUUCCUGCUGUCUGCGUGGGAAUGAUGGUGACCACCACAGUCCUAGUCCUGGACAAUCUUAGGAGAGCCAGGAGGAAGGGCUCCUAUGAGCUGGCCAAGUGUAAGCCCAGCACUGCAUAGACUAGAGGAGUCUAAAACCUGUGGCCCGGGAGCCAGAUUACGGCCCCCACUUGUGCUACCAACAUGAACAUGUACUGUCUAAAAAUGGUUCUUCAGGCAAAAUGACUUUGACACUCAUGAUGUAAAGACAUACCAAGGGACAGACUCACCUGGAGUGAACUCCUGGCCUACAGACGAGAACCUUGCCCAUUGUCCCGUGUCCAGGCCUUUGGCCGUGUCUAGUCUUGACAGUUCAUGCAGCUUUAGUAUUCUGAUCAUAGAGUUCUGACCAUGGAAUUCCGAACAUGUCAUGCAUCUGCACCUACAUUUAAAUGUGUCUACUGCGUCCCCAUUGUGUCCACAGAUACCCUUUUCCCGCGCUAUAUUCAAAUGCAAGUAUGCAGUCUACAAACGGUGGAAUAGGCUAAAUAUGAUAAUACACAAUAAGUGAUGGCAGUAGCUAACUACUCAGCUAACCUCUGUAGCUAGACAGCAAGCUAACAAGCAAUGCUAAAGGGAUUGCAAAUGGGUUACCAUAUCUCUAGUCAAACAAAAAAUAAUUUGUCUAAAUAUUAGGUAGUUGGCUAGGAUUUUUGAGGUGCCUCUCGAUCUGAACACAAUCAGACCACAAAGCAACUUUUGUGCGCCUAGACCCGUCUUUUCAAUGCGAUCUUCGUAUUCUGAUAGCAGAAGUCGCAUGUAAGUGUCCAGUGUAGACACGGCCUCAGUCAAAGGACAGGGGACAAGGCCUUAUGACCUUUGGAAGUUACUAGAACAGGGUAAGAAAUAGAGACGCACCUUUGUGGUUGGAUGUUGGGCCUUCUGGAUAUGUGUGUAUGUGUCAAACAUUGACUUAGUGUGUAUGUUUGUGUUUUACGGUGUAUAUCCGUUGGGCCUUAGGUUCCCAUUUCUAUAGAAACCUACGCAAAAAAACUGUAAUAGGUGUAAUAAUCAAACUGCAUCUCACUGUAAUUUGCUCCAUUAUAAUUUCUUGGCAGCUUUCAUUUAAACCCAUUGAUGUCUAAGUGUCACAACAGUAGGAUGAAUGCAAUAUGUUACAUUUCUUCAAACUAAAUCAUACAAUGAAAUUAGCAGUGAUAAGAAAUUGAACUUAAAAAAAAGUGAAUACAAUGUAUUGACAUUGUAUAUAUGAACUUUGAACUAUAUCAGUAUGAUGUGUGUCAGAAACGACACUAUGGUUUCCCAAGGAAAGGAAUAGACAGUGUUGUGGUAAUGUAAUACAAUAUGAAAGCAACACGUAUUUGCCUCGUUGUUUUGACUGUUAUUUAGGUCUCUAAUGUGGGCUACCCUUAUUAGAAGUGUUUGUAUGUGUGGAGAGGUUGCAAUGUGUGUGGGGUAUUUUUGUUCCCCACCAUUUACUUAAAUUUUGUGGGAUAUGAGAGCCGGUUUGGUACGUGUUUAAAAAGCUGUUUUUAAAAAAAAUCAAAGCCUGUAUAUAACUUAAUUUGUUUUGUUUAUGACUGUUCGUAAUCACUAUUGAAGCGGUGAAAAGUUUUUCCCUGUUUUCUGUGAAUUGUGUUUGAAUGUAAGUUUGUUUCAUUAUUAAUAAAUAUUUAUUUCCAUAA